AAAAAAAAAAUAAUUUCAGUGAUUUAAAAAAAAAAGUGUAAAAAACCCAGUAAACAAGAUGGAAUUUCACAAAAAUAUAAGAAGAACAAUCUGGUGGUUUGGUUUCCUUCUGGUCGGCAGUGCCAUUGACACAGGAGUUUCCUUGGGCUGUCAGAAUUUCGUGUGGGAGAAAUUGCCUGGCAUGAGGCCCGAGACUGGACAAUCCAAUUUUAUACUUUACACGGGAAUCGACUCUGAAGGAAUUGUCGAGAGAUGCUUCGAUCGAUGCCGUAAAACCAACUGCACAGCUUUUGUCAUCGAUCUCGAAAGAAGCGGCUGCUUCAGUCUUCUUCCGGACAGUGAAGCUUUAGUUCCUGAACCAAACGCCACCUUUUUUCACAUGAUUUGCCUAAACGUUCCAGUAAAUUGCAUGCAUUCGCGAUUCUGGCAAGUUGAAAGGACACUUGGUGCAGUUUUGAUUGACACUUCGACCACGUGGCUGCCAAACUUCAUGAACAGAAGCGAGUGCUACGAAAAGUGCAUUCGAUCAGGUGAUACUUGCAAGUCGGCGCAAUUCCGAACCAAUCAGGAUCUUCAAAUUGGAGACACUGUUGGGAGAUGUGCUUUGUCAACUGUAGAAAGAGGGACACGUCCGCAGGCGUACAGAGCCUCCAUGUAUAGGGAUGAAUAUUUACAGAGCCAGUGCCAUAAUAUAUCGAGAAGCGAUUACUGUUCGUUCUCGCAAUUCCAAAACCAAACGACCCUAUACUCGGAUGCACGAAUACCCGGUUUGGACUUUAAAGAGUGCGAGGAGAGAUGCGACAGUGGUAUAGAUGGUUUCAUUUGUCGAGCCUAUACUAUUGAUCAUAGUACCAACCAAUCAAUCUGCUUGUUACACUCAGACGAUUUAUUGAGUGUUGGCGUAAGUUCGUUAAUUACCAAGCCGGAAGUGACGUACCGUGAACGAGAACCAUGUCUGGAGCUGAAAGUACAGUGCGACAAUUCCACCCUAAAGAUGGAUUUGGCGACAAAGGAACCUUUCUGGGGACGUGUGUACGUGAACGGUUGGGGAAACAAAUGUGGGACGGUUGGGAGCGGCCAAAAUUUGACAGUCCUGGCCCUGAAUUUGCCAAAACGUGACGAAAUCAUGUCAACCAAUUUGAGCUGUGGGCUCACGCCAGCCUUUUCGGUUGACAACCAAAACAGAACACGUGCCGUAAUUUGGACUACGGUCAUUGUGCAGUUCAAUCCAAUUAUACAAAGAUUGGGUGAUCAGGCAGUGAGAGUGGGUUGCUCUUUGGAUGAGCAUGACAUUCCAGAACCGAGGAACAUCACUGUCCAAUCCAGUGUAUCAAUUUUGGAUCCCAAUGCUGGGGUACCACCCAUAUCGACUACCGUAGUGAAUUCGUCAUCUGAAUCACCCAUAGUGACCAUGAGAAUUUUCGAUGACCAUUUCAAUGACAAAAUUGUCACGCAACUGGGACAGAAAUUGAUUCUCAAAAUCCAAAUCACACCUCCUAAUGGACCUUAUGACAUCAUGGCGGGACAUCUAGUUGCCAGCAGUGCAGCACGCGAUUCCUCUUAUCUGCUUCUAGACGAAAUGGGAUGUCCUACUGAUCCUGGGACGUUCCCAGCACUUCGGAAAGAUCCUACGGAUAAUAGAUCAUUGAUAGCAAGAUUCACAACUUUCAAAUUUCCGAAUAGUCAGUUGGUUAGGUUCAACGUAGUCGUUAAGUUUUGUUUGGAUACGUGUGAGCCGGCAAGAUGCAGAGGCGGUAGCAUUUCGUACGGCCGAAGGAGACGGUCCGUCUUCCCGGAAGCUAGUGUUGCCAACGUUUCCGAAAUUCCAGGAGUAGCCAAAAAUCAAACACCCGAAGAACUUCCAUUACAACUUUCUAUUAUUGUUCAGAGUCCCGUUAUAUCUGCUGAUCCUCUGUUAUCAACGGACGGCACAAAUCCUGACACAAUUUUGAUCGCGGGAGGCCAAGCACUAGACGGCUUGCUGUGUGUGGAUGCUAGUCUAGCACUGGGUUUAUUAAUAUUUUGGUUAAUUAUACAAAUUGCACUAACGAUCGGCUGCCUGGUAGCCGUUAAAAGGUACAGAAGACUCGCGCGACGAGCCGAGGAAGACCGGGCGGACAUACUGGCGCGCCAUCUUUAUGGAAUUCACGGCGGUAAUUUCGAAGUCGCCAGACGCGUCCGUUGGGCGGAUCACAACGGUUCAUCCAUCAGCUGAUCAGGAAGUUUGAUAAAUUGAAAGUGAAUUAUCAACGAAACAAAUGUACUUUUAGGUAUGAAAUUAUGAAGAUGUCUAUGAACCUGGUAGUAGUGAUUAAGGAACAUUUUUUAAAUGACGUCAUAAGCGUCCAGACAGUGUUCAAUUAGGUUUACGAUUUAAUACUUUAUCGUACGCAGAUAUCAAAGUACUCGAACGUUUUAAGGUAUACUUAAGGUAUAUUUGAUUACAGUAACUUGGUGGAAAGUACUCACGAGUCUUCCAAGAUGAAUAAAUAAUUACUUGCCACUAGGCGAGGCCAGUCAGAGUAUUCCAUUGAUUUAGCCAAAGACAAUCAAGUGUAUGAUAAUUGUAAAAUUAAUUAUUCAUGUAACAAAUCGAUCCAUGUUUGUUAUAAGCAUUAUUAUUAUACUUUUCAUUUUAUUUUCCCUCCGUUAUAGACACAAGAGUAUCACAUGUGAAUUAUGGCUUAUUGCUAAUAAAAAAAAUAUUGUAUUGACAA